AUGAAUAAAGAAGAAAAUGAAUUUCGGACAGUGCUUGAUACUUUUUAUAAUACGCUUGAACCAUUGGAAGAAUAUAUUGGAAAAAUGGUGAAAGAAGAAGUCGCCAGAAUUGAAAUUGACUUAAACAAACCCGAAAAUAGAAAAUUACUGAAUGAAGUUUUUACUGGCGUCCACGAUAUAUUAAGUCACCCACCAGAAAGAAAAAAAAUUGAUAUUAAAGGCGAUGCCAAAGCCGGCAAAGAAACUUUUCAACAAAUUGCCACAGAAAUUGCUGCUGAACACCAAAAUUUUCGUUUUUUUCCGCAAAAAGAGGAACAGCAAACAAAAGAAAAUACUAGCAAAAAACAACCAACAGUUAACCAAGACAAUAACAACAAAGGCAAUUUUCCCACAAAAUUAAUUGUUUUUGGCGCAUUUUUACUUAGUGCCAAAGUUCGUGGCACCCAAGAUAUUUUACCAACCCAGGCACUUCUUUACCAACAAAUUCAACAAAUUACUCAAAAUAUUCUCAAUCAUGCUGGUUAUCAACCAAUUAUUUUACCUACUUACGAACACCGAGAAUUAUUUACUACUUCCGUUGGUGAAACUACCGAUAUUGUCCAAAAGGAAAUGUUUACUUUUUCUGACCGUAAAGGAAGGCAACUAGUUUUGCGUCCGGAGGGAACUGCUAGCACUGUGCGCUUAGUUUGUCAAAACAAAUUAGUUGAUCCUGGAUAUCCCUUGCGAUUACCAGAAACUAAAGAAAAAUAUAAAACAAUAUUGAAAGAGUAUUUAAAAAAUAAGCAAAUUUGCUCCGAUUGUCAAAAACGUUAUCAACUUAAUCCUUUACGGAUUUUGGACUGUAAAACUUGUCACUUAGACGGUCUUCCUUCAUAUAAAAAAGUAUUGACAGAAAAUGAUUUGGUUUAUUUAGAAGAAUUGACCAAAAGUUUAAAUAAUUUAGAAAUUAAUCACUUUUAUAAUGAACAUUUAGUGCGCGGACUAGACUAUUAUACUGGAAUGGUUUUUGAACUCUUGCUGAAUGACGAAGAGCAAGUAGUUUUAGGAGGAGGCAGAUACGAUCAGCUUUUUCAGCAGUUAGGCAAUGUUAAUUUACCAGCCGCCGGAUUUGCUUUGGGGGUCGACCGCUUAGUUAAUUACUUAUCUAUCACGGAUAAAAAAAAUUGUCUAAAAACUGAUAUCUUUUUUUUGAUUUUAGAAAAAGCAGCUCAUCCAUUAGUUCUAUCUUGGCGAGAAAAAUUAAGUGAAAAUUAUAAAACCAUCUCUAACUUAGAAGUUAAAAAAGUCAAAAAUGUCUUCAAAAAUAUUAAUUAUUACUCUCCUCGCUUGGCGGUUAUUAUUGGAAAAAAAGAACUAAAAGAAAAAGAAGUAUUAAUAAAAGACUGUCAAGAAAAAAAAGAAUUUGUAAUUAAACACGAAGAACUAGUUAAUUGA